CUUCCUUCAUCUGAAUUGAAAUUUAUUGUUGACGCAUGACACACACACCUCAUUAGGGCGCUGGAGAAUAUUAUGUACACCGUCUAAUUUGAAUCCACUUUAGAUUAGACCUGGUAUGUAGUGGGAAUAAACACGUGCAUGUAACAAAGAGGUUACCGUGGAGAGCAGGAUGGACAGGAGGUCAGAUAUCUAUGAGAAUACAGAAGAUAAUCAUCCCGGAGAAUGUGUAUACGCAAACUGGGAGAAACAGAGGGACUCCUGCAUCCUAAAUGACCAGGAAUCCAAACAAUCAGACAAACCUGCAGGAAGCAGAUGCCCCACAUUGUUCGCAGUGUGUGUCUCUCUCCUUUGUGGCCUCCUGCUCAUCUGCAUCAUUGUGAUGUUUAUGAAACUCAACACCAUGGCAGGAGAACGAGACCAGAUGCUGAUCAGGUAUGACAACAUGACUACAGAGAAAAUCCAGCUUCAAUCCGAGAGAGACCAGCUUCAAUCCGAGAAAGUCCAGCUUCAAUCCGAGAAAUUCCAGCUUCAAUCCGAGAAAGUCCAGCUUCAAUCCAAGAGAGACCAGCUUGAAUCUGAGAGAGACAGUCUGAAUAAUUCCAUCCAGCAGUGUCUGAGGUAUUUCAUCACAUCCCAGAAGAAAAGCUGGAGUGACUCAAGACAAGACUGCAAGGCGAAAGGAGCCGACCUUGUGAUCAUCAGCAGCAAAGAAGAGCAGGAGUACCUCAGUAGACGUUUCCGUGGUGUUGAGGCUUGGAUCGGUCUGACCGACACUGAAGAAGAAGGAAAGUGGAUGUGGGUGGACCGCACACCGCUGAGCACCAAAUACUGGUGGGACGGGGAACCAAAUGAUUACAAGCAGGAGGAGGACUGUGCUGUCACUGGGAGCAAAUUUGCUAAAGCUGAAGUUCUCACCUGGGCUGAUUAUCCCUGCACUUUCCCUGUAUUCGGGCUUUGCAAGAAGAACUGAGUAGAAUCAUUGUGGAUACACCGAGUAGCCUGUUUGGUGAAGGUUAAAUUAAAGAUGUUUAAGAUUUUAUUUUAUAGAAAAUAAAGUGAAGGAAUUAUGAUAAAUAAAUUGUAAUACAGUAUGAAGAUCAGAAGAGGAAAAAAGAAGAAGGAGGUAAAUGCCACAUCAGCCGAUUUACAAUGUGCUUUAACUCAGAAAUGCCUGAACACCAUCGAGGGUUUCUUUUUCACAGCAUGAACUUUGGCUAAUUUUGUUAAGCGUGAAUAAAAUGUACAGAAUGUUCAGCAUUCUAUUUUUUCAA